GGAUGCUUUUGACCGUCAUCAUGAGCUGGAGUAUAAGGCCAAGGGUGUGUGCUCGUGGCUGGAAUUCGGAAGCUCUUUUCACGGACCUCAGUUUGGAACGUUCUUUCACUCAUCGUUUCUUUCCUUUCGGCAAGAGGAGGACGUAGGCCACUGUUUGGGAUCACGAGUCCGUAGCUCUAGAUUUUCUGCCACUUGAAUUUUUAGCGGAUACAACGAGGUCACAUCGUCGCCAUUUACGUGGCAUUCACGUGCCUACACCUGACGUGCGUUCGGGUGAUUUGGACUCCCUUCGUAAUUUUCGUGAGUUCACGCGGCUCGUAUACACUUGGCCGAACCAACACUGUCAAAAGAAGUUGCGUAACUCCAUCGGUGAUGAUAACUGCGUCUGAUCUCGUUUCAUGAUCCAUAUUCACGUAUACCAGCUCGAAACCGUGAGAAUGAAAAUAGAACACAAGAUCAUGCUGUCACUUGCAGUCAAUCCUUAAGAAGCCUCGACUGGAAGUCAGAAGCUAGAGUAUUUUAGUCUCUCGUACGUCACAGUAGCCUGAGAACUAGACUGCUCGGUGGUGACGAGUUUGCAAAUGGAUACACGACUAGAAAGCUCGACUAUAGAUGAACUGUGGAGAAUUUCGUGCUCCGGAUGCAAGGAGGAGGAGCAGCAGAAAGAGGUGAAUGACGACGAGGUCUUUCACAAUGCCGAGCAGGAAAGAGAUGAGGCAGGCAGUGAAUAUUACUCCGGUGAAGAGUUGACAACAGACGGAGAAGCUUUAUCUCUACGGUUCCUUCUACGCACUCCAUCCAUUCGCAUUCCAGAGGCUGCGGACUUCAACCCUUUCCAAUCAGAGUUGAAGACCGGUAUCGACACCCAAGCUGCCAUCCCAACUACUGUCACGAUGCAUACCAACGAGCUGUUUAAUGACAAAGUAGCUGUCGUCAACAUAGAACAAGACUGCCCAAGUAGCGCCACUUCUACAAACGUUCCGACUCUGGUUCAGAUUUUCUUGAAGUUUGAAGAUGUGAAGUAUACGGUGAUGCUCAAACCUCCGAAAAAGAUCAGUGUCGACUUCAGGAAACAUCGUCGUAAACAGCUGCAGUCAACAGAGAAAUCGAUACUCAACGGAGUGAGUGGUUUCGUGGCUCCUGGGGAAAUUUUAGCACUGAUGGGUCCGUCUGGCAGCGGAAAAACGUCUCUCCUGAACAUUCUUGGAGGUAGAUGUCAUAACAAAUUUUCUGGUAAAAUCACAUACAACGGAGCUGCUUACACUUCAGCUUUGAAGAGCAGGAUUGGCUUCGUCACCCAGGACGAUGUUCUCUUCCCUGUUUUGACAGUGAGAGAAACGCUGGUUUUUGCUGCUUUGCUCCGUCUGUCCCCGAAAAUGAGCCACAGAGAGAAAAUCCGACGUGCAGACACCGUGCUUCGAGAGCUCGGUCUUGACAGGUGUCAGAACACGAUAGUGGGCGGCCCGUUUGUACGUGGUGUUUCUGGAGGCGAGCGCAAACGAACGAGCAUUGGCUACGAGAUACUGGUGGAUCCAUCUCUUCUACUCUUGGAUGAGCCCACCUCGGGUCUGGAUUCGUCUACUGCUCUCAAGAUUAUGCAAGUGCUUAGAGCUAACGCUCAGGUGGGAAGGGUGAUUGUGACAACGAUUCACCAGCCGUCGAGCCGCAUGUUUCCGAUGUUUGACAAGUUGAUUCUGCUCUCGGAGGGCCACCCGCUGUACUUCGGCCUUGCAAAAGACGCAUUGGACUACUUUGCAACCCAGCAGUUCAUUCCGCUUCUGCCCAUGAACCCCGCUGACUUCCUGAUUGAUCUAGCUACUGGACUCACAUCCGAUAUGACGGUUCCACCCGAGCUCCAACAAAAGAUUUUUAUGAGUGGCAGUUCUCCAGUUACCAAGGCGAAUGGCCUACAGGAGUCCGAAGCAGCGGCUUCUUCGGUGCAGGAGGCAAACGUGACCACCCAUGCCAGCGUAGAUUCUAGCCCUGAUUCGAGUAAUGAAGAAACUCAGCGACUGUUGGUCGUGAAGCUGCUACGCUCGAAAUACAGAACCGAGCUUGAGCCCAGAGUAAAAGAGAAGCUGCAAACGGGAGACGUCAUUGCUCCAGAUUUAAAGACAGCAAUUUCUGUCAAAAAGUGGUGGACCUCAUCAUGGUUCGAACAAUUCUUCAUCCUCAGCAGACGGAAUUGCAAGGAGAGAAGGAAGGAUUAUCUUAACGUACUGAGGUUCGCGCAAGGCGUCGCCGUGGCUCUGCUCCUCGGCAUGCUGUGGUGGCGACCAAACCUAGACACGGAGCAGGACAUCCGCGACCAAGUGGGGCUUCUUUUCUACAUGUGCAUCUUCUGGUGUACAUUCUCCAUGUGGUCCACAAUGAUGGUCUUUCCACUGGAGAAAAAUUUCCUCGCCAAGGAGAGAGCGGCAGACAUGUACCGACUGAGUGCCUACUUCGUCAGCAGCACCAUCUGCGACUUGUUGGCCGAGCUCGUGCACCCGACGAUGUUUGUGCCACUUGUGUACUUCAUGGCGGGCUUGAAAAGUGACAUUUCCACGUUCAUUUUUACAUUACUGUCUGUCUACCUGAUUGCAAUUACCGCUCAGGCCUUCGGAGAGUUUUUCGGUGCACUGACACUGAACAUCAAGAGGGUUGGAAUCAUCUCAGCUAUGAUCAUGCUCAUCUUCCUCCUCGCUGGAGGCUACUACGUGAAGAACAUUCCCGUUUUUAUGAGCUGGAUACGUUACCUAUCCAUAGUGUACUAUGGAUUCAGGCUGUUGGAGAGAGUUCAGUAUUCUCCCGACCAGACUUACAACUGCAAAGCUUUGGAGGGAUGCUUACGGUUUGAAGACUCACCCAUCUUCAAGGACAUGUCUCUGGAGGGAGGACUUCGCGACGCCUUGGCUUUGAUGGUCAUGAUCGUUGUCUACAAAGUCUUGGCUUAUGUUUGUCUACGGCGUGUCUGAAACUGUGGAAUAGGUUCAAUCUACAAGGCAUAUAUCAAGUCAAUAUUCACACCAUUCGAGAAUUCAAACUCGUUCAAUCAAGGGCAUCGGAAGGGUGAGGCAAAGCCAAGUGUAAUGUAGCGGCUAAGGAGGAUCGAGUUAGGGAGCACAGACGCGGUAGUGGAUGAGGAGAUUUGUCCGCAAUGGACUCUGAAAUUCCACAGCUUAAGUUCAGGCUCGUUUUGGUCCAGACCCACACGAGCUUUCGUCGGACCAGCCAUCAGCUCUACUCGCAAGGAAGAAGCUUAUCUCUUUAGGCAAGAGAGGAUGCCAAUCCGAAAUCCACGAACGUGAUCAUGACAUGCGAGGUAGUUAGAAGACAAGCUGGCCAACUUCUGGUAGAACUGUGGUCCGAAAAUCUCAAGUCUUAAGUCAUCCAUCAAAUCCUGGUCAAACCUCGUCACUGUCCGCCUACGAUGUAAAAACAAGUAACAUUAGUGUGGUCCCAUGACGCCCUACAGCAUACAUAUAAAUGAAACUCCUCUUCAUCACUAAACUUGUUCCCUCAUCCGCAACAUCAACACAACAUGUAGAUUCUUUGUGGGGUUAUCUCAAAGUAACUUAAGACACCCUUUCCCCUUAAGGCCUUUGCUCUCAUCCAAGAUAUGCCGCCUAUUCUUCCAGUCAAGUUUCCAAUGUCUAUGUAUAGUAGAGUUUGUUAGCGAAAGCUCGUGUAAAAGUGAGAACAAAUGAUUUAUAGAGCUAGAAA